AACAAACGCUCCGACUGACUGAGCUGGCCUGCUUGCCUGCCUAGCUAGCACACCACCGAAGCCUAGUCGCUGGUCGCAGCUGCUGCGCGGCGUCCAUCGUGUCCUCGUCGUCUUCCUCUCUCCAAACCGGAAGACCUCUCGCGCCACGCCACACCCCUACUACUUUACCCUCUCCCGCCGCUCUACUCCAGAUCUCGAGGUCCACCGCGCGGGUCCGCUUGCCGUCCGAGAGGUUUCACUUUAUGCCACUUUGUGUGACUGUGGACAAUGGAGUGAUUGCUGCCCUCUUUCUGUGAGUCACCAUGGGAAGCAGUGAAGCAGAGACACCUGCUAAGGCAAACAAGGCAUCCGCACCUCAGGAGCAGCAGCCACCUGCUACUUCGAGUACUGCAACACCGACAGUUUACCCAGAUUGGACCAGCUUUCAGGGAUAUCCUCCAAUUCCACCACAUGGGUUCUUUCCCUCUCCUGUGGUGUCAAACCCACAGGGUCAUCCAUACAUGUGGGGACCUCAGCCUAUGAUGCCACCAUAUGGGACUCCACCAUAUGUCAUAUACCCUCCUGGAGGAAUUUAUGCUCACCCAUCAAUGCGACCGGGUGCACACCCAUUUGCUCCCUAUACUAUGACUUCUCCAAACGGCAAUCCUGAUGCUGCUGGAACUACCAUCACUGCUGCUACUGCUGGUGGUGAAACAAAUGGCAAAUCCUCUGAAGGAAAAGAAAAAAGUCCCAUUAAAAGAUCCAAAGGAAGUUUGGGUAGCUUGAACAUGAUUACAGGGAAAAACUGUGUCGAACAUGGUAAGACCUCAGGGGCAUCAGCCAAUGGAACCAUCUCUCAAAGUGGGGAAAGUGGAAGUGAAAGUUCAAGUGAGGGAAGUGAAGCGAAUUCUCAGAAUGAUUCACAACACAAGGAAAGUGGACAAGAACAAGAUGGAGAUGUCCGAAGUUCCCAGAAUGGUGUAUCACCUUCACCAUCCCAGGCGCAGUUGAAGCAAACUUUGGCAAUUAUGCAAAUGCCAUCAAGUGGUCCAGUGCCUGGCCCAACAACAAACUUGAACAUAGGAAUGGACUACUGGGCAAAUACAGCCAGCUCCUCUCCUGCAUUGCAUGGUAAAGUGACCCCAACUGCAAUUCCAGGGGCUGUGGCCCCAACAGAGCCGUGGAUGCAGGAUGAACGUGAACUGAAAAGGCAGAAAAGAAAGCAGUCAAACAGGGAUUCUGCUCGCAGAUCUAGGCUGCGCAAGCAGGCUGAAUGUGAGGAGUUGGCUCAGCGCGCUGAAGUAUUGAAACAGGAAAAUGCUUCACUUAAAGAUGAAGUGAGCCGGAUCAGAAAGGAGUAUGAUGAACUUCUGUCAAAGAAUAGCUCACUUAAGGAUAAUGUUGGAGACAAACAACACAAAACUGAUGAGGCAGGACUUGACAAUAAGCUGCAACAUUCUGGUGAUGACAGCCAGAAGGACACUAAUUGAGCUAUCAUGCAAUGCUAUCAGAUUAUAGCCCUAACUAGAUUGUUGCUGGCGCAGUUGUAGUAUGCGUAUUGACUCCAUACUUAUUGCAUUUAAUUAUUACCAGGUCGUGGUAAAUCUUAAUGCCAGCCUCGUGUGCUGGUUCCUGUUUCACACAUGUCUUGGCUUAUCUUUUAGAAGUCAAGAUAUGACUGAAAAUGUAGGUUGUGAACCAGUUCACUGUAUCUGUUAGAAAUUGUUGGUACUUUCAACUUUACAGAUCUGUAUUGCUGAUUGUUAUUGUUAUGUAUACCUGAAGAAAUAUCAAUCUUUUAAUAGUCAGGUUGCCGUUUGGCUAGGCUUGACUGGUGUGUAGGUUAUGUUAAAUAUGAAUGUAUCAAUCUUUCCCACACAUUUGAUAUGAUAUAGUGCAAAUGGAGGACUUCUGCUUUGCGGAGUGUCAACGUUGUAACUAUCA